CAACGCGACGCCACGGAACAGUCGCUACCAGUAUUUCGGCCAAAGUCGUGUUGUCGUGUGUGUGUGUGUGUGUGUGUAUGUGGCAGUAUUUGUGUUAAACGCAAAUUUCUGUUGCCUGCUUAUCAACUGUGCUAGUGGCAAAGCCUGAAAUGCCGUCGCUGCGUUACGGCGUUCCGCAUAUUUCUUAGCAUACUCUUGUGCGCGUCAGGCUUAAGAAAGAAACAACACAAGCAAUAACAUAUCACGCAAAUAUCAGCAGCCACAACAAAUUAACUUAAUUAACUUGCAUAAACUAAAAAGUUCAACAUGUUUUGGAUUUUACGUCGCACUGGCGCAGCCAAUUUCUUCAACUCCUUUAACAACAAUUGCAGCUUCUCGAAGAGCAGUAAUAAUGGCGGCGCCGGCGGCAAUGGCAACCACAACAACAGCACACAGGACAAAUAUGUGAAGCGACCGCCGCGCAAGGCCUACGGCAGGCUAAGUGCUGAGGCCGAUGAUGCCGUGUCAGUGGGACACAAAAUCGAUGAUCCUUUCGAUGAGCUAGACGAUUUUGAAAUACUUGCAACCGGCGCUGGCACCAGCAACAACUCUAACCACAAUGGCAACAACUUCAGCCUCAAUGGAAAUAGGGAAAACAAUGGCAAUGACAAUGGCAACGGUAACGGCAACAGCAAUGGCAGUGAGAAGAAUCUGGAGCUAUUACCGUGCACAAACGCCGAUUGCCAGGGCAACUUUGCAGUGGAGAAUGCCCUGUGCGAAUUGGGCCUGUGUCAGAGUAAGGGCAAAACAUCAAAGGAGCUGUCAACGGGUGUCAUGUCCACCAGCAAGCAGAUUAACGAAAGCACAAUAAGCCGCUUGCACGCGCUUGCCAUGGCCGACGACGAUGAUGAUUAUGAUGAGUCGCUUACCUGCAAUGUGUGCGACCGUUCGUUUCACUGUCACCGUCAGCUGGCAUCGCAUCAACAGAAGAAACGACACUUUGGCUGCAGCGGUUGUGAUAGCUUGUUUCCCUCGCUCAUGUUGCUAGAGCAUCACAAGGAGGAGUUUGAGCACUGGAGCGAUGAUGAGAUCGGCAGACGUGUGUGCUGUCGUCGCAAUAGAUGCGAUGAUGAUUACUUUACAGACACCGACUCGUACAUCAGCGAUGCGGAGAGCGAGGAUCUGGAGCGAUUGUUGUAGACGCUGAGCGUUUAAGCAAUGGCAGAGCGAUUCGGCUCAGGCAAGCAAAGCUGGAGGCCAAGCCUCUGGGAGCUGGCAGAUUGUUGUGGCCUCGUGCGGCGUCAAUUGCAAGGACUUACCGAGUGGAAACAAUGCCCGCACACAGCACUUUUUGCUGACUUUCGAAUGGAAUGGAACAAGUGUGAGCGUAAUGAAAAUAAAUUAAACCUGCUGACAAUGUACGUUUCUUUAUUCGCAAACAAUGACAAAUUGUAAGCGCUUGACCAACAGCAAUCAAGUGCAAAAUAUAAGCCGACUGUUCUUGGCAACAAUCGCUUUGUGCAGGCUUUGUGCAAAACAUAUUAUAUUUUUAAAAGUUCAACUAUGCAGACCCCAGACAAAAUUGUCGUAAAAGAAAGCGUAUAACAUAUGUAUAUAUAAUAUAUAUGAAACUGUAUGUAAAUGAGCUAUAAACCAAAUUUAACAUGAAUCAUAUCAUCAAAUGCAUAUGUGUCAACCAAAGUGAAACUAUUUAUGUAUUUUGAA